UGGAAAUACAGAGGUUACACUGGAGCAGCAAGACUGAAACCAACCGUAUUACAAAAACAAUUCUGAGAGAAAGAGAAAUCUGAAGGAGAGUGGAAAACAGGAUUGUUACUGGAGUACACAAACAGGGUAAUUUGAGUAUUUUUUUAAGCUUUAUCAGACUGAUUCAUUUUCCAAAACAGACUCGGGCAGUAGAUUUUCUGAUCAACAGCCUGAAACUUUCAUCAGUGGAAAAAACCCAGAGGAUCAGCUUUAAACACUUGUUGAGGAGGCUUAACGCUGUUCAAAUUGUUCAGGUGGUUCAUAAUCUGGACUCAUCUUGGGGACCGUCUCAUCCUCUGGACUGUGGAGGGCUCCCCUCCCUGCCCUUUCAGCCUCUUCUCGCCCCCAGCAGCAUGUCCCAGGCUCUGAGGCUGCCUCUAGUCCUCCACACAGCACACUACCAUGGUCAGAUGGGCUGCUGGAGGGAGUAAGGCUGCUUCUGCCUCGUCCGGCUCCAGGGCUUGGUUUGGGGCUCGUUCUGGUUCUGGUUCUGGAUCUGGGGUCAGCUCCAGCCUAAGAUCAUCCACACUGCUCCCCUCUCUGACUCAGUCUCUCCUGGUGGCUUUUGUGCUUCUCUCCUUCCUUCUAACCGGGGCAGCCUGCCAUCCGAACCGCAGGGACAAACUGAGACACACAAAUCCACGGACUCUUAAGGUUCCUCUGAACAUUUCUGAGACUGAGGUUGGUUUUAGGCACAGGGCCACCGGGGGCCCGCUGGGUCGGGCUGGAGGAGCGCAGGGGAGGCAUGUGCGCAGCUACAGUCAUCUCCAAGGGGACAUACGGAAUAGGAAGCUGUUCUCUUUCCAGAAGUUUUUUCUGAGAAUCGACAGGAACGGACAGGUCAAUGGAACCAAGAGCAAAGAUGACCCCCUCAGUAUUCUGGAAAUCACAUCGGUGGACGUGGGAGUGGUGGCCAUCAAAGGGCUGAACAGCAACUUCUAUCUGGCAAUCAACAGGAAAGGCGAGCUGUACGGAGCGAGAGUCUUUGGUGUCGACUGCACCCUGAAGGAGCGCAUUGAGGAGAACGGCUACAACACGUACGCGUCAGCCGAAUGGAGGAACAAGAAGCGGCAGAUGUUUGUGGGUCUGAAUGUCCACGGGAAGCCGCUGAGGGGAAAGAAAACCCGCAGGAGGAACACGGCCACCCACUUUCUUCCAAUUUUGGUGUAAACUGGAGAAACUAAGUGGAGCAGAAGGUGGAUAAGCAGCACUGGACUGAGAGGUUUUCAAAAUAUCUGUAAAAUAAAGACAUUCACUGAGAAAUCGCUCAUUUGGAAACAAGGCACUAACACUGUUACACAAAAAUAUGGUCUCUGCUUCCGACUUUAGCCGAGAUCAUGUACUUUAUUUGAUAGGAGAGGAUGAUAUCUGUGUUUUCUGUGGCACGGGAUGCAAUACUGAUCCUUUUUUCUGUGCCAAACAGUUUGCAACUUGAGAAUGUGUGUAAUGCAGACCAAGCAGAAGAUACUAUCCUAGCUAUGAACUGUGGUAGACACAGAAGUAUCUAAAGAUGUUAUUUAUAAUCCAUAAUCUUCUGUGAUACAUCAGAUUAUCCACAUCAUAAAGAAGAGGGUACGAAAAGGGAUUUGAUAAGGGAAAUGAUCAGAUAUAAUAGAGGGUACAUCACAUGUAAAGCAAAUGUUGGAUACUUAAC